UGUGUGUGUGUGUGUUUUCUGACCAGCUGAAAAUGGCGGCUCGAAGCGUCGACUCGUCCUAACUUUAUCGCACAAUAAUAAACACAACAAUACACACAGCUGUUAUAUCACACAACCAUGGGGAGAAACUUCACCGCGGGGCCCCGGGCGCUCUAGUCGGGAGACAUUACUCUGAGCACCGCGGCUAGAAGAAGGAGUUAAAACGCGAAAGGGAGCCAUGGAGGAUCCUCACACACGGUACAGCAAACGCCUGCGUACAGGCACGCGGCGGCGCUAUCAGGAUGAUGGAAUCUCAGAUGAUGAAAUUGAGGGGAAACGAAUGUUCGACCUGGAUGAAAAGUUACAGUGCGUCAGAUUCAACUCUGAAUUGAUCAAACACAUGGAGGGUAAAGAUUUCACAUUUGAAUACAUCCAGAGAGAAGGGCUCAGGGACCCCAUUAUCUUUGAGACAGCUGAUGGCCUUGGAAUACAAAUGCCAGACCCUGAGUUCAGUGUGAGUGACGUCAAGCUGUUUGUUGGUAGUCGACGCAUUGUAGACGUGAUGGACGUGAACACCCAGAAAGGAAUUGAGAUGUCGAUGGCUCAGUGGCGACGCUACUAUGAGACGCCACCGUCAGAAAGAGAAAAACUCUACAAUGUUAUCAGCCUGGAGUUCAGCCACACCAGACUGGAGAAUCUGGUCAAACGACCAGCUUCGGUGGAUCUCAUUGAUUGGGUGGACAACAUGUGGCCUCGCCAUCUCAAGGAACGACAGAGAGACUCCACUAAUGCCAUCAUAGACAUGCAUUAUCCCAAAGUACAGAAGUACUGUCUCAUGAGUGUGCAGGGCUGCUUCACUGAUUUCCACAUUGACUUUGGAGGCACCUCGGUCUGGUACCACAUCUUGCGAGGAGGAAAGGUGUUCUGGCUGAUUCCACCUUCACCACAGAACCUGGAGAUGUAUGAGAACUGGGUUUUAUCAGGAAAACAGGGAGACAUCUUCUUGGGGGACAAGUGUCAUGACUGCCAGAGGAUAGAGCUGAAGCAGGGCAAUACCUUCAUCAUCCCAUCAGGGUGGAUCCAUGCUGUGUACACCCCAGAGGACACAUUGGUGUUUGGGGGAAAUUUCCUCCACAGCUUUAACAUCCCCAUGCAGCUUAACAUCUACAGUAUUGAGGAUCGCACACGGGUGCCAGCAAAGUUUCGCUACCCGUUCUAUUAUGAGAUGUGCUGGUAUGUGCUGGAGAGAUAUCUUUACUGUCUCACCAAUAUCUCCCAUCUCACCCCUGAGUUCCAAAAAUACUCCCUCGGCAUAGGGCUGACACAGGCUGACCUCGAAACCAUGGAUCACACUGGGAAUGGCGCCCCAAAUGGGGUAGACAGUGACACUGAACAUGUUGAGAUAAAGGUGAAGGAAGAGGAUGACCACAAAGAAAAGGCAGCUCAAUUUCCCAAACCGAAGCAGAUGCUGACUCCCUUUGAGCUUGAGGGCUUGUUUAACCUUUUAGGGAAGCUGGAGGAACUUCCUGCCCACAAAAAAUGUGUCCCUGCAGGCAUCAGGAACGCUGUAGCCCUGCUUGAGGACAUGAGGGCUGUUCUGCAGAAUCAUGUUAAUGAGAACCCUAAGCUCUCCUACACUGGAGAGCCCAUUGUCAAGUGGCCAGAAAGGCCGUCAUGGUACCAGCCCCCCACUCCCCCUCCACCCGUCAUUUACCGCCCCCGCUUGGGCCCCACCCUCCACAAGCCUCUGGGACAGAGGCCCACCAAACGCUCCUCCAUCUCUGCCUUGAGGCGCAGACGGGUGAGGUGUAAGCGCUGUGCUGGCUGUUGCAGGAAGGAGUGUGGCACCUGCCAGUACUGCCAUGACAUGAGGAAGUUUGGUGGGCCUGGACGCAUGAAGAAGGGCUGUGUCAUGAGACAGUGUCUAACGCCUGCCUUGCCAAACACAGCACGCUGUGCCAUAUGUGGAGAAGGAGAAUCAGAGGAAUCAGAUCCAAGCACUCACUCACUCAUGGAGUGCUCUGUCUGCUCACAGAUUACCCAUCAUCAUUGCAUGAAGGAACCUGGUGAGGGGAAGAUCAAUAAGGAUUUGCCCAGCUGCUGGGAAUGUCCCAAAUGUUACCAAAACAAAGGCUCAGAAUCAGAGUCUUUUAGCGACGAAGAAAGUGGAGAGUCGGAGGGCUUCACCUCCUUGCCGCCAUCCAAACUUGCAUACCGGGAGGGAAUAGGUGUAGGAGAAGGUGUGAGACGAGGGAGACGUAGUAGACCUACCAGACCCACAGCACCACCUCCUUCUCAGAAACUGCUACUACAGCAUCAACAGAAUCGCAAGAGAGCAAGUGCACUGGAGCUCAGACUUAAGAAAAGGAUAAAACUGGAGCGGAGCAAACUGUUAUCGAGACAGGCAGCUUUAGAUCGUUCUCCUAGGCUGCUUGGCUCCAGGAUGCUGUCCAGACUACGUUCUCCAACCAGCAGAGAAUCUCAGGGCAGAGGCCGGGGCACCACCUGGCCCAGUGGCUCUUCCUUAAACAGCUCUCCAAGAGGGACUGCGCCCAUCCAGCAGCAGCCGUCUUCCUUCGGUCUGGUUCUUGAACCCAAAGGAGAGCCUCGCCGAGGAAGAGGAAGAGGGGUGAGGCUGCGGGGAGGAGGAGCAGGGAGAGGCAUGAGAAGUGGUAGAAGCUAUGGAGAGCUGCAGGAGGAGAGUGAGGACAGCAGUAGCAGCAGCAGCAACAGCAACAGCAACAGCAGCAGCAGCAGCAGCAGCGAUGAUGAUGAGGACAGGGGACAGACAAGUGUGAAGGGUUUGGAUAAAGAGAACCAGCCACAGUCAAGGCGAGAGGGACGAGCAGCCAAAGAAAAGGAGGUGGAAGGGAGCAAGGUGGCUUACCAAAAUGUUGUGGAGGAAGAUGAGGAGGAGGAGAUGAAACAGGACAGUCAAACGGGGGGGAACGAUGGCUCCAAUCUAAAAGUGACACUUCAAAGACCAACCAGGGCCAAGCAGGAUCCGUCAGCUAUUGUCCCUAAAUUAGAAGCUAUUGCCCCUCAAACUACCACUUCAGCAAUACACAACCAGACCAGGGCCCUUGCGAGACCCCCAAUCAGAAAUCGCAGGCCCUGUCCUGAACAACACUCCAACAGGCACACACCCCCACUCACUCGCAGUGGGCACACAGACACUCAUAGCUCCCACCCAGAGAGGCUGGACACCUCUAAAAGAACCAAGCUGAGCAGACCGGCUAAACUGAGCAAUGGAGCCUCCUGUUCCUCUUCCUCUGAGCUUCCUCAUCACCGCGUCCCUCUGUCCGCACUACAGGAAGGAGGGGGCGAGGCAGACAGGGAGAGCAGUGGGAGCGGGCCAGGCUGCGAGAGGGAGGUGUGGGUAUCUGUCUUCCGCUACUUAAGUCGAGCAGACCUCUGUGUCUGCAUGGCUGUCUGCAAAAACUGGUACAAAUGGUGUUUAGACAAGCGGCUUUGGUCACGGAUCGACCUGAGCAUCAAACGCACCAUCACUCCUCAGGCCCUAACAGGCAUCAUAAAGAGACAGCCAAUCACACUCGAUCUCUCUUGGACCAAUAUCUCUAAAAAGCAGCUAAACUGGCUUGUUGGCCGGCUGCCUGGGCUGAAGGAUCUGAUGCUCGCAGGUUGUUCCUGGUCAUCUAUUUCAGCUCUCUGUUCCUCUGGUUGCCCUCUCCUUCGCUCUCUGGAUCUGCGGUACGCAGACGGGAUCAAAGACACUCAGAUCAGGGAUCUAGUCAGCCCUCCAGGCUGUGACAAUCGCAGUCAGUUGCGGACCAUGCAGUGUUUGCGACUAGCGGGCCUGGACAUUAGCGACUCCACUGUGCGCCUGGUGAUCCGCCACAUGCCCCAAUUAACAAAACUAGACCUCUCCCACUGCAACAGCCUUACAGACCACUCCAUCAACCUGCUGACUGCAGUGGGCUCAUCCACUCGCAAUACUCUCACAGAACUCAACCUGGGAGGCUGUAGUAAACUGACAGACACAUGUCUAAAGUAUCUCCGACGUCUCUCUUGCAUCUCUCUGCUCGACCUGCGAGGCUGCAAAGGCGUCUCACGCAUGGCCUGCGAGGCCUUCAUCUCUGAGCUGUCCGUCAACACGCUCUACUGCCUGUCAGAUGAAAAACUGAUUCAGAGGAUAUCCUAAAUUCUCCUCUGACUGCAGGAAUGCAAUGGCAAGAGAGUGGAUCCUGUGUGACACAAACGACACAGGUGGGCAAGGAAGUUAACAUCGGCCUGUAUCAUGUAAACGGAAGGGUGGGGUCUAAACUGCGAAUGCUAACUCACUCAUUAAGUGGUGUUGAAAUGGUGUUAAAGGGGGUCCUCACAGCUGGACCAGCAUUGCAUACAUGUUUCCCCGUGUACCAAUAAAGAGACUAAGGAGCUUUAUUUUUUAUGUUCUUUUGGGAUUACUGCGAUGUGGAGAAGAAAACCUUUUUUCCAUUGCCAGCAGAAGUGGGACAACAUGGGCAAUUAAUAAACUGUAAUAAUCUUCACAUCCUUGGGAUAACCAAGGGGAUCGCUUCUUCUUUGGAGAGAUGCCAGUCUUGACUCUGUCAUAAACUCAAGCCUUGACAAAGAGAGAUAAGAAAAUACUAAGUUUCCUGCAUUCUUUUGUUUAGCUGAGCCCCAUAAAGUCUUAUUUAUUAUUAGCUGACUAAUUUUAUUUUGGCUACUUUUGGCAGCUCCAAAUUAAUGAAUAUCUUUGUCAGAUUCAAGAAAGCAAGCGUUAUGUUGUUGGAUGCUAUCUGCACAACAUCUAAGUGUUUAGGUUUAUUUUUUACAGAUGACUGAAGGUCACAUGUCUCUCAUCACAACCUGCAUGUUGAGGGACUGGAGUGGCCUGUAUUGUCGGUAUAAAAAGGCACUUGGGUGCCAUAGUAGUCAUAUGGUAGAAUUGAAUAGUAAACACAAAUACUGAGUGGG